CUGCGGUUAAUAUAGCUUGCAAGACUCUUUCUUGAAAUUUUGGCUGCUAGAUACGCCGUGAUGGAUCCCCUUUCGAUUUCAUUCGGCGUCGCGGGUGUGCUGCCCCUUAUUGCGAAGGUCAUUACUACACUCCGUCGCUAUGCCGCUGCUGUUGCUGGCGCUAAGAAGAAGAUUGAAAGCUUCAUCUUAGAACUUGAGGUCCUACAGGUCGCUUUAAAAAAUCUAGAAGACUUAUUACAGGAUAAACUUGUCUCGGAAGCGGACAUUGUGUUCGAUCCGGCGUCGGUUUUACUAUCCUGCUCGACGACUAUUCAAGUGAGACUGCAGGAGAUCUUGAAGAAACUCAUCAGUGAGUCCGACAAGAAGCUUGGGUGCGUCUUGUGGCCAUUUACCGAAAAAGAACAACAAAAAGCAAUUAAUGAAGUCCGGAAUUUCUCCACUUGGGUUCAGUUUGCGUUAUCCGUCGAUGGAUGCCGCCUCCUAUCGCAGACCUCAGAGAAUGUCCUGGCGAUACUCGCCCAGCAGUUAGAACAAUUCAGCAUGGUUCAUCAGCUAGAGACGAGAACCAAGGUUCUUUGCAGCGCCAUACAAGAGCAAACAAAUUUGCUUCGCAAUAGUGCUGAGGAGGAACACCGCAACGCAAUCUUGGACUGGAUAUCGGCGACAAGAUACAAUACUCGCCACUCCAUUUUACAGCGUACACGGGCCAAGAAUACUGGGAGCUGGCUACUACAGAACAAAUUAUUUUUACAGUGGAAAGAAGGAAUUGCUAGCUCACGGGUUCUCUGGUGCAAUGGGAUCCAAGGAUCAGGCAAGACAACCCUUGCAUCUAUAGCCAUCGAUGAACUACAGCAUAACCAUAUGAAUAGCAAUACGCAUUUAGCGUAUUACUACUUUGACCAUCAAGACCACGAGCUGCAGUCGCCGCUCAUGGUCAUGUCGUGCAUUCUUAGACAGUUGUUAGAGCAACUCCAGGAGUUGCCUCCGUCGGUCAAAAUGCUCUAUGAUGCGCGUAGCGACACAGACAGCCGGCAAAUUCAAAAGUUUAGAACGCUUCUUGAGGAAAUAGCCGAGUCUUGUGGCGCGAUAUACAUAGUCUUGGAUGCUCUUGACGAGUGCUCUCAUACGACAUAUAUGCUGGAGCUUAUUGAUCGACUGAAUCAGAUUGCUGGUUGCCACUUGCUGAUUAUGAGCCGGCCAUACAUCUACAACCGUCUACCCAAGUCUCACUCAUAUCUAGAGCUUACUAUCGAAGCUCAGGAGGAGGAUAUCCAACAAUACAUCCAGCAGCACUGCGAUAGUGUAGACAUCUAUCAAGUAGCCGAUCAGGAAUUCGUUAAUCAGUUGAUCGACAAGCUUGCUCAUAGUGCAAGUGGCAUGUUUCUGCUUCCUGUUCUACAGCUUCGUACUGUAUUGAAUGAACCAACAAUUGGAGAGAUGGAGGAUAAAUUGAAUGCACUCACAAAUCUUCUUUCAGAUGCUUUUGAGGAGACAUUAAACAGGAUAACCCGAUUACCUGCGAGCCGCAACCGCUUAGCAUUAUCGUCCUUGAUGCACCUUGCACAUGCCAAACGAUUCUUUAAAUCAUCAGAGCUAAGUGAUAUCUUAGCGCUCAGACCCGAUUCUACUUCUCUCAAUCCCAGAUACCGUCCAACUACGGCGAUGAUUCUGGACUGUUGUCAAGGCCUUGUCGCACUAGAUGACGAAACAGAUCAGUUGCGCCUAGCGCAUUAUUCCAUACAAGAAUAUUUAGUCUCUCGAUCGGAGUUCCUAUUUCCCCAGUUUGAAGUCAACUUAGCUUCUACCUGCCUCCAAUAUUUACUAUUGGAUGACUUCAAGUCUGGUGCAUUAGAGAAUGAUAAAGACAUUGAGUCACGGCUAAGCGCAUAUCCAUUCCUUUUGUAUGUUUCCAUGUUUUGGGGCAAGUAUAUCCACCCUGUUGAAACAGAACCAAGCAUUUGGAGCAGAUUGUUUGAAUUUUUUGGCUCGCCGUCAGCACUAGCGGUCUCGGCGCAGAUUUUAUAUUAUCAGAAGGGAUACCAUGUGGGCUAUUAUGGUUUCGAUGAGUCCGUGAGCUGGACAGCUUUGCAUCAGGCAGCAGCUAAUAAUCUAGAGCAUGCAACCAAAGCUCUUCUAGAAAAGGUUGAUGUCAAUGCAGCCACUGUCAUGGGAAGCACUCCUGUUAUUAGAGCCGCAAGCAGUGGGCAUGUGGCCGUGAUGGAGUUACUAUUACAGCGUGGUGCAAAUCCACGAAUGUCAAACUGGUAUGGAAAUGCGUUACAUUGUGCAGCUGAAGCCGGUCAAUGUGAUACCAUUCGUCAUCUUGUUCGAUGGGGAAUGGACCCAAGCUGCGAAGGUAGACGUCGAUCUCCUCUGAGUUGCACAUUAGACCACGACCAUGCAGAGGCUUUCGAAUUGCUAGUAGAUCUUGGCGCAGAUAUGCAUUUGUCAGACAAGGAUUGGUUCGAAAAUGCCUUUCUAGAAGCUUGUCACAGGGGCUGUGAAAGGACAGUGGAUAUGAUGCUGAAGCGUGGUUGGAUCAACAAACACGAGCCCAACCAAACAGUCUCGGCACUCCACGAGGCAGGCCCGUCAAUGCUACGCCACCUCGUUGACAUUGGAUUUGACAUCAAUGCGGUGGAUAUCCAUGGUAAUAGCGCACUUUCACUUGCAAGAAAGGACUGCGACGAGUCACGGAUUAGCAUUUUGCGAGACGCUGGAGCAUUUCGUAGGUAGAACGGUCUGAAAAAGGAUAUAUAUAGACGCAUCUUGUCUGUAGUAAACACUUUGAUGUUAGGCGCCACGAAAGUAGUGACCCUUUUAGGCAACAUUUUCCAAAGUAGAUUCUCUUUAUCUCGUACAAUUCAUAUACUAUGUAACGUUGUUCCCUGGUUUCCAUAUUCCGUUACUAGUGCAAGCACAGACCUAUCUUAAACGUGUGACAAAAUAAGGAUUUCAAAAGAACUGCACCACCUCUUUAGUUGGAGAUGUUGCCCGCAACAGGGCAGCUCUUGGCAGAAGCAUCAGACGCAACGGCGGGGUGGACAUGAACCUUGUUCUUGUGAUGCUCCAGCGUGGCGUUUGUGACAGGGCAGACCUUGGCGGCAUCAGCAGCAUCGACAGCAGGAUGCGAAGGAGGGAGGACAGCCGAGACAGGACCAACAACGGGACAAGUAGCGUUUGUCAGGCCGUCGCCCUUGUUGGCAUUCUUGAGGGCAGGACAAGCGGUAGCGUCCAUGCCUUCGGCGCUGGACUUUGACACAGACGAGGCAUCGGGGUGACGCACAAUUACGUUGGCGCCAUGGUGGCUGACCUUGGCCUUUGUUACGGGGCAGCUGGCUUCAGGGUCCU